AUGACAGUCCCCUGGCGCGAGGUCGUGCGUAGCACAUUACAAAAUCUUAGCCGGGAUGGUCUCAGUUCAGCACUCAAAGCAGACAAAGGGCAGAGGGACCUAGACGACAAUCCAAAUACCGCAUCUCUAGUCCCUCCACCUUCAAAUGCCUCUCCAUCGCAGUCACAGGGGGGACUAAUAUCCCGAACCUCUCCAAGAUCACUCACUAAGGCCGUAGGAGUCUUCCUUGGUAUGCACGACAAUGCCGCAUGCGCCCCGAUCCAUAUUGAUGGUGACGACGAAGUUGCGACAACGGACGAGAAAAGGCUGACGGCAAAGUCUGGUCUCCCUUCAACCCAGUAUGCCUCCAAAUUCCCAGGAAAAGCAAGGCCAUGGACUGAGCAGUUCACUUCCAGGUCUAGUGGCCCAACUCUAGGACAGAGUACUCCGUGGUCGGAGCCAAGAGUCGAGGCCAGGAUUAAGGGAGGAUUGGUUAGGCGGGACCCCGGUGCUGUACGAAUCGACGAUUCAAUGAGGAAGCCUUUCAAAACUCCCACGGGGUCUUACCGACCAUAUGAUACCUUGACAGCAAGAUCGGAUUUUCUUCAGCAGAGGACAUCUCGGGCUCGUGCCACGGUAAACACCCCCAGUACGAAGUUGCUUGCUAAGGACGACGUGCAUGCCAAUGACCACAGUACACCAAAUAAGAAGCGCAAGAUCGGAGGCGGGCGAGGGUUCGGAAGUUCUGCUGCCUCGACCAUCCCUCUCCAGGACAGUCAGAAUCUGAAUGACUCUGAAGAUGAACUUGGACUGAACUCGAAGCCUGCUGAUGGCAAGUGGUGUGGAAAGAUCCAGCAACCCAGUAACUUGAAUGAUACGGAAGGAAAUUGCGUGCGCCCACUAGGAAGUCGAAAUAAUGCCCACCAUGCCCAGAUCAAUCAGAUCGACCGCUCGUCGCCCGAGGACGAAUUCGCUUUCGCUAAAGGCUCCGCACAGCAAAGGAGAGCCGAGAAGGAUAAAAUCCUCGAAAGCCCUUCAGAUUCCCCGAAGCAGGCUUCGGCUCAGCCUCGCACCUCGCCAUACUUUACGUUACCACGGACCAGGACCACAGAGAGCAGCGGGAAGAAGCACAAUCGAAGAUGGGAUUCAACAUCAGAGAGCCCGGAUGCUUUGCAGAGUGCUGAGACUCUAUCUACUCGGGCCCAACGAGUGCUGGGCAGUGCAGCUUAUCCUAAUAUGAAAACCAAGGACCUCGGAUACCUGAUUUUAGGGAGCAACUCCAGUACUGUGAUUGACAAGCAGUCGAGCGCGCAUGUGAAGAAACCAGUCAACACGAAGACAACCUUUGCUCUGGAAGAACUUGUGUAUAGAGGUCUGCUCGAUACUUCAGGCUACAUAAUUGAGCUCGACAGGUCGACGAGGGAGGUGGCAAUCAAUAUGAAAGAUCCGUUGUUGGGCGACGAACCUCUUUCCAUGCCCCGUGGCUUCAACCAAAUUCGCAAGCUCGAACUUGGAGACAAUCAGUCUUCCCUAGUGACGCUCCACUUUUCUCGAACCGUCAUGGCGUCAGAAAAGAUGUAUCUCAGAUUGGCAUCUCACGAAGCAGCUGUCGACUUCGUUAACUUUCUGCAGGACACACAGAAGAAACUGAAAGUGAAGACCAAGGACGAUCACUGGAUGGAGCUGGCCUUUGAAAAAGCCAAAAGUGGAGUUUCCGAACACAAAGAGGGAGCAUUGAUAAAGAUUCAUCGAACGAUGGAAUCAUCUACCGAGAAAUCAGAACCUUCGAAUACAACAGGACCAGGCAUCAGCAAGAAACGUGUUCGACUCGUCGACGCAUUGGAUGCACCAGUUGAGGCCCCACAACAUUCUACCGUAACACCGGCCGCAGGUCGAAGGAUGGCUGAGCCCAAAAUGGACGCGACACUACAGUUGGCCCAAGAUAGUGCAUCUCCUGAGGAAUCGACCCAUCCCUUAGUUCUGCCACAAGAAGUUAGCCACCCACGAGCUGAUAAGGAACAGUCCGGCGGUGGACAGAAACAGAACGAAUCCUCACCAGAGCCAAAGGCAUCUCCAACUGGAACUCUAGUCAGACGUUGGACUAAGGACCUCGUCUACCCGCAACCCGGGCGGAGAGCUGCAGUAGUCCCAUUCGAAGAUCUAAGACGACUCAAUGAUGAUGAAUUUCUGAACGAUAAUCUGAUUUCAUUUUUCAUGAGGUAUCUGGAAACCCACAUGGAGAAGAGCAAACCCGAACUCCACAAGAGGAUCCAUUUCUUCAACACCUAUUUCUACGAGGCUCUGUCCAAGACAAAGGGUAGGAAGAGCGGCAUCAAUUAUGAUGCUGUCAGUCGAUGGACCAAAAAUAUCAACCUCUUCAGCCGCGACUUUAUAGUUGUGCCGGUCAACGAGAAUUUUCACUGGUAUCUCGCCAUAAUCUGUAACCUGCCAUACUUUCUCGGAGACCGGAAAGCAAAGACCGGAUGGUCCGAGGAACUGCAAUCGAGCGACCAACAGAGUGAGGAGGGAGAGCGCAGGGUUGAACUGCCGACCGACGAGACCCAGAGAACACUGGCCGACCUGUCACUCAGUGAUGACGAGGAAAACAGUCAAGAUCGAACCACGAGAAGACCUGGCCGACGGAAAUUGGCUCGCAGAUCACUGCCAAAGUAUGAGGUAACCAAACCUGUCAUUAUCACGUUGGAUUCUCUCGGGCUCUCACGAGCAGCGACAUGUGCACUGCUCAAACAAUAUGUAGUAUUGGAGGCCCGGGACAAGCGAAAUAUGAACAUUGACGUGAGUGAACUAAGGGGAAUGACGGCCAAGGAAAUCCCUACUCAGAACAACUUCAGUGACUGUGGGCUUUAUCUGUGCGUGUACCUGGAACAAUUUGUCGCUGACCCCUACAAUUUUAUCCGCCGAAUCCUUCAGCGGGAAGGGAAUGCACAACAAUGGCCGCGCAGAAUUCACAGCGAGGACCUAAGGUCAAGACUGCUCGAACUGAUCUUGGAAAUGCAUCGGCGGCAAGAAAAGCAAACCUCGGAGAUGGAGGAGCCGUCCAUUGGAAGCAUCUUGAUCGAUAAACGAGAGAUAUCUCGCUCGCCGUCGCUAACUCAAGGGUCACUCACAAGGCAAGACAUUCAAGAAGCGCAGAAGAGGUUCGAAGGCGUUGUGCGCAGCCAUCCGUCAGGGUCGGGAGAGGAUUUUGAGCAUGCAUCUCCAGAUGCUGAGGUGAGAACUAUGAAGAGAAAGAAUACUGUGGCGGAGAGUUCAAAGACCCAAGACUCUGUGAACGAGGACGGGAAUGGCGGCUCCUACGAACAGAUGUCACCAGCACCAGCUGUACCUACGUGGGACACCAGAUUUCCCCGGAAGCCACGCCCCGAACCCUCCCGUCUGCAGGCACAAGUCCGUGCAACUCCUCCACCACGAGAUGUUCGCCCUGCACUAAACAAGAAUUCCGUCUCACCUAUGACGCUCAUGAAACAGGCAACAGAAAUAGACCCCGAAAAUACUGGACCCCACUCGAACAAAAGACAGAAGCUAAAAGACGAAGACAACUUUGACGUAAGGCAAAGGUCGAGAUCGCCGAGUCGAACAAGUGAGUUGACAGAUUACCUUUCCGGGGCCGCGGGAGUCAGAACUUAUCUCUAUGGGAUAGAGCAGUAUGCUGCACGGGACGAGAACAGAGAGUGGACGAGUCCUAGUCCUGAACCAGAAGUCAUCGCUGAGAGGAAAGUUGUUCCCAACAAAGAAACAUCCCUUCUAGGCAAACGGAAGAAGCCAGGUGCGAAAGCGACAGCUCCCAACACUGCAUCCGAGUACAAGGAAUUUGUCGGGUUGGAGUCGAGGCGGGGAACGCCAUUCUCGACUGCCUCCGGGGAGGCCGGGGCCGGUCGCGCACGUGCGAGAAUGGGAAGGUAUGAUGGCGGCGAGGAUGGCGAGAUGCUCCUCAAGAUGUGA